AUGACAACUCCAACACCUCCUAUUGGUUCUAUUCCACCAUCAUCAUCCAAUGAUCAAUCUGUUGCUUCUUCUGCUAAGCAACACAAACUAACCAGUGAUAUAGGAUGGAAAUUUAACAAUUUGAAAGACUUAAAUAAUAAGAGGAUGGUUACAUAUGAUUUUUGUAAUGAAACGUCUACUAGAGGAAUUUCUAGGGCUAAACAACAUCAAUUAGGAAUAAAAGGAAAUGUGAAGUCUUGCACUCAAACACCCGUAGACGUUAAGGAGAUUUUGCAUGAGCAUGAAGAUGAGAAAUUGGUCGCAAAUAAAUCUAUGUCAGGUGAAGUGCAUGAAGAUGAUGAUGAGGGAUCAUGA